GUGUAUGCACCGGUAAACAAACAGCCGGCUGGGCGGCGUCGCGACGCCCUGGCGACGCCCAGCCCAGGCGACGCCCAGGAGACGCGACACCCUCCUUCCUUGGGGCCUCCCUUCGCUUCCUCGGCUAGAGCCGUGGCGUCGUACUGCCAUGGACCAGGACUGUGGUCUCACUGAGGUCGCAUGAUUAUCAACCGUACUUUACUUUCAGACAACGGACUGGUGCCAUGGACGACGAGUACGAUGAAGACAGGGGAUGGGACCAAGACAUGGGAGAUGGAGACUCUGACGAGGGAGGAGAUGCUGUUGGGGAUCCACAAGAAGUUCUUCGUGAGUGCUUGGAAAAAUUUAGCACACCCGACUACAUCAUGGAGCCUGGUAUUUUUACGCAACUGAAGAGAUACUUUCAGGCAGGUGGAAAUCCCGAACAAGUCAUUGAACUGCUUUCUCAAAACUAUAAGGCCGUAGCCCAAACAGCAAAUCUUGUUGCAGAAUGGCUUAUUCUUGGUGGUGUAAAGGUAACAGAAGUCCAAGCAAUGGUAGAAAAUCAUUUAAAAGAAAUGAUCUUAAAAAAUUUUGACCCUAAAAAGGCUGACACUAUUUUCACAGAAGAGGGAGACACGCCAGCAUGGCUUACAGAAAUGAUUGAACAUCCAACCUGGAGAUCAUUAAUUUACAGACUUGCAGAAGAAUAUCCAGAUUGUUUGAUGUUAAACUUUACCAUCAAGCUCAUAUCUGAUGCUGGAUUUCAAGCUGAAAUUACUAGUAUAUCUACUGCUGCUCAGCAAAUUGAAGUCUUUACCAGAGUAUUGAAGACAGCAAUUGCUAACUUCCUACAGGGUCCAGAAGACUGGAAUAAAAGCGUCCGGGAAGUUGCGAAAAUGGUUUGCCAUGGUCAGCACACCUAUGUUUACAGUCAAGUCCUCUUGGCUGUCUUAUCACAAGAAACAAGAGGGGGUGCUGUGGUGAAACGUUUAUCACAAGAAAUUGUGAAAUGUGCUCAGGAAAGUGCCCAUGAUGUAACACCAAUCACAAUGGCACUUAAUGGUGCAGCAGGUUAUCCUCAGGCUUGUCAAGCCCUCACAUCUAUGCUGUCCCGAAACGCCUUAAAUCCUGCUGAUAUUUCUGUUCUUUUUCGUAAUUACUCUGCCCUUGACCCACCCCCAAUAGAUCUCAUUCGUACUCCUCAAUUCCUUGAGCUUUUGGUUGAUGCUCUGUUCAAACCGGGUGUAAAGCUCAAUAUGGAACAUAGGCCAAAAUAUGUAUAUCUACUUGCUUAUGCAGCAAGUGUCUGUGAAACUUGGCCUAAGAAGGGGGUAGCAAGCAGCAAGUUAGUGAAUAAGGAGGAGUUGAAAAAUACAGAGAAAGCCGUUGACAAAGUAUCAACAAUAUGCAGUACCAAUAAGGGUUCCACAGAACUCAUUGCAGAAUUGAGCACCCUGUACGAUUGCAUCAAGGUUCCAGUUGUCUCAGUGGGUGUUGUGAGAUGGGUGGAAGUGACAGUAUUGGAAUCAACUUACUUCCAGCUGUGUGUGGAGUCAACUCCAACUCACCUAGCUCUCUUGGAUGAAGUUGCUGGCUGUCACCCCCUUCUACACCCAAGACUCUUAAACUUACUAAUAACUUUGUUUGAAUCAAAACAAGACGCAUUAGAAAUUCUUGUUCAGCUGGAACUGCGCAAAAUGUUAUUGGACAGAAUGGUCACAUUAUUGUGCAGAGGUUGUGUAGUCCCGGUCAUGAAAUACAUUAAACAGUGUUGGAUUAGUGGAGAAACUGACAUUUCUCUCAUUCGAUACUUUGUCAUGGAGGUUUUGGAGGCCAUAGCCCCACCUUACACAAAUGAGUUUGUGCAAUUAUUUUUACCCAUGGUGGAAAAUGAAGAAAUCACUGGAUCUAUGAGAGGAGAUGGUGAUAAUGACCCAGUUUCCGAGUUUAUUGUGCACUGUAAGGCUCACUACACAGUUCAUUGAGGGAUGGAGCUACAAACAAAGAAAGUUACCAGAACGUUGGCAUCUCCAUAGUUGCCAUCUUUCAAAAAACCCUCUUUUAUUAGAGAGACAGAAAAUCACCCAAUGAUUUAAUUUAUUGCCCGACUGCCUUCUAUACUGCAAAAGGAACAAUUUUUUUUCCCACCAAUUUUCAAUUUCAAUCUGAUCAUUCCUGAAUACAAUUGGCUUGUAACCAGAUUUGUGAUUGUGUGUAGAAAACGGGUAAUCAGAACAUGAACUUAUGUAUCAAAUGUCGAGAGUUAUGUGUGAUUUUGUGUGUUAAAUAAGUUACAUCAAUAUUAUUUGGAGGCUUGGGAGGCUGUUAGAGGCUGUGCCUGAUAUGAUAGCUUGAGUUCUGUUGUUCUUGUGUAAAUAAUAAUUCUCUUCAUUUUUGAAGAGCAAUAAACAACAAAUUACUAUUUA